CGCAUGAGCGGGACCAACCAGUCGCGCGUGUCCGAGUUCCUCCUCCUGGGCCUCUCCAGGCAGCCCCGGCAGCAGCAGCUGCUCUUCGUGCUCUUCCUGAGCAUGUACCUGGCCACGGCCCUGGGGAACCUGCUCAUCGUGCUGGCCGUGGCCACAGACUCCCGCCUGCACACCCCCAUGUACUUCUUCCUCAGCCACCUGUCCUUCGUGGAUGUCUGCUUCUCCUCCACCACUGUGCCCAAGAUGCUGGCCAGUCACGUGCUCGGGGCGCGGACCAUCUCCUUCCCCGGGUGUCUCACACAGAUGUUCUUUGUCUUUGUGUUUGUGGACAUGGACAAUUUCCUCCUGGCUGUGAUGGCGUACGACCGCUUUGUUGCAGUCUGCCACCCCUUACAUUACACAACAAAGAUGACCCCUCGGCUCUGUGUCCUGCUGGUGGUGGGAUCGUGGGUUGUUGCCAUCCUGGAUAUGCUACUGCACACCCUGCUGAUGGCUCGACUCUCAUUUUGUGCAGACAAUGCCAUCCCUCACUUCUUCUGUGAUGUGACCCCCCUCCUGCAACUCUCCUGCUCAGAUACGCACCUCAAUGAAGUGAUGAUUCUUUUUGAGGCAGGGCUGAUAAUGGUCGCUCCGUUUGUUUUCAUCCUGGUGUCAUAUAUUCGUAUUGCUUAUGCUGUCUGGCAAGUCCCAUCCACAAAGGGAAGGUGGAAGGCUUUUUCCACCUGUGGAUCCCACUUGGCUGUGGUUUUCCUCUUCUAUGGCACCAUCAUCUCUCUGUAUUUUAACCCCUCAUCUCCCCACUCAGCAGACAAAGAUAUAGCAGCCGCUGUGAUGUAUACAGUGGUGACCCCCAUGCUCAACCCUUUCAUCUACAGCCUGAGGAACAGGGACAUGAAAGGGGCUCUUGGAAAAGUGAUUGCUAUGAAAGUAUUUUCUACUCAAUGA